AUGUCGCACGAAUCCGUCUGGUACUCGCGCCCACGCACCUACGGCAAGGGAGCUAGAUCUUGCCGCGUCUGCACCCACAAGGCCGGUCUGAUCCGCAAGUAUGGCCUGAACAUCUGCCGUCAGUGCUUCAGAGAGAAGUCCACGGACAUCGGCUUCACCAAGGUACGGACUUGGACUUGGAUGGACAGGACCUUGAUGGGUUUACUAACCUGA